AUGAACAAAGGUGGACCAGGCGGAAGUGGGCCCACUACGGCAGCAGCUGCAGCUGCGGCUCAGAAGCAGAAGACAUUGUUGCAGAGAGUGGAAGGUGAUAUUGCCAACAUUGUUGACAAUUUCAGCCACCUCGUCAAUGUUGCCAGGGUAAAUGAUCCACCUGUUAGAAAUUCACAAGAGGCUUUUAUGAUGGAAAUGCGUGCUGCUAGGAUGGUACAAGCCGCUGAUUCUCUACUUAAAUUAGUGUCGGAGCUGAAGCAGACUGCAAUAUUUUCAGGAUUUGCUUCUCUUAAUGACCACGUAGAACAAAGAAAGGUUGAGUUUAACCAACUAGCAGAAAAAACAGACCACACACUAUCGAGGAUUGGAGAGGAAGCUGCAGCUAGCCUUAAAGAACUUGAAUCCCAUUAUUCAUCUUCUGUACAGAAGACUGUUCAAGAUAUACAACCAUAG